GUUACAUUUUAUUGUCAUCUGCAAUUAGUAAAAAUUAUUCAUAAUAAUCGAUCAACGAUUGUUGGAUAAUGCAAUCCUUUGAAAUAUUAUGCGGCAUUACUGCCGUUGUUCUUGCUAUUUAUUAUUUCCUUACAUCCACUUUUGACUUUUGGAAGUCACGUGGCGUUUCUGGUCCUCGACCAAUACCGGGAAUGGGAAAUUUUAAAGAUGUUUUGUUUAAUAAAAAAUUUACGGGUGAUUAUGUAAAAGAAAUAUAUGAUACUUACAAAAAUGAACCAUUGAUUGGAAUAUUUAUGACGAAGACACCCAUUCUUAUUGUAAAAGAUCUAGAUUUAAUAAAGAAUAUUCUUAUCAAAGAUUUCUCCGACUUUGCUGACAGAGGAUAUCCCGAUCUCAAAAAGGUCGAACCAUUGUCGCAACAUCUUUUCGCUUUGGAGCCAAAGAGAUGGCGACCGUUGAGAAUGCGGUUAUCACCUGUUUUUACAUCCGGUAAACUAAAGGAGAUGUUUUCUUUAAUAUCAGAAUGUGCUGAUCACCUGAUCCUGUACAUGGAAAAGAUAGCGAGCAAGAAUGAACCAGUAGAAUGUCGCGAGUUGAUGGCCAAAUAUAUGACUGAUGUAAUCGGUACCUGUGCCUUCGGUAUCGAGAUGAACGCAUUGUCAAACGAGAACAGCGAAUUUCGCAAGAUGGGAAGGAAAAUAUUCAAUCCGACAUGGACAAAUGUGUUACGAUUAAGAUUGAAACAAUUUUGUCCGCAGCUGUACGAAAUGCUCGGUUAUAUCUUAUCGGAAACAGAAAUUACCAAAUUCUUCACACGAGUCAUCGUGGAGACCAUGAAUUAUAGAGAAAUGAAUAAUGUUACUAGGCAUGAUUUUAUUGAUAUCUUACUCGAAUUAAAGAAACAUCCAAAUAAAUUGGGUGAUGAUUUUGGUACGUACUUAUGUGAUCGUCUUAUAUACAUAUAUCCAGCAAACACUAACUUAAUGCAUACAGAAACCUUACGAAAAUAUCCGCCAGUGACAUUUCUUCUGAGACAAUCUAUGUCGAGUUAUACUUUUGAUGGUACCAAAGUUAGUAUACCGAAAAACCAAAAAGUAUGGAUUCCUAUCUACGCGAUUCAGCGAGAUUCAGAUAUUUAUCCAAAACCAGAUGUCUUUGAUCCAGAAAGAUUUUGUGAUGAUGCUGUGCAAAGUAGACAUCCGAUGACUUAUCUACCUUUCGGAGACGGGCCAAGAAAUUGUAUUGGUGCACGCUUCGGUGUUUACCAGACUAAAAUUGGGCUUAUAAAGGCAUUACGGAAUUACAAAUUCGAGACUUGCGAGAAAACUCCAAUACCGUACGUAAACAAUCCUAAAACAGCGUUAUUAUCACCGAAAGACGGAUUACACUUGAAAAUAAUUAAAAUUAACCGAACUUAAUUUAAGCUUCUAACUUUCCAUGAAAAGCAUUCGUA